CACUCUUACCGCUCAUUUCCCUGUCCUUUGCGUUGGCUUCUCGCCCUGCAAUUACAUCCCAGUCUCCUCCGUAUACCCUCCUUUGCAGUGGAUGAGGAGAGUCUUUAGUCCCUUCCCCCCCCCUCCUCAUGUUCUGUCGCCGUUCCUGAUUCUUUGACGUCCGUCGUCGUUGGUUACUCCGCACUGGUUAUCUCCCACGGUCCGACAGCCCGACAGCCCGCCAGAUCUGUAAACCAGGUGUGAGGGUAGCUCCCACACGUCUUCAUCAGCAUGCGGCUGCCGUCACCUCUCCACCUCUCCCUAGCUCUCAGUCUCUCCCUCUCGGCCUCCACCGUUGUAGCACGAAGCAACUACUCCGAAGCCGACCUCAUAUCUCCGCUCUUCUCCACACUCGAAGAUCGUCCAGACGGCUGUCCGCCAUGCUUCAACUGCCAACUGGACGCUUUCCAGUGUGCGCAAUUCGCAUCUUGUGACAAAUUUACGGGGAAAUGUGUCUGUCCGCCCGGUUUCGGUGGCGAUGAUUGCGCGCAACCUCUGUGUGGGUCGCUGGCCGACGGUCACCAGAGGUCGCCUCGCCAGGGCGAUCAGUGCGCCUGCAAAGAUGGCUGGGACGGCAUCAAUUGCAACGUCUGUCAAUCCGAUGAUGCUUGCAGCGCCAUGAUGCCGGAGGGCGAAGGAGGCGUUUGCUACAAACAGGGUGUCACCGUGAAGGAGAAUUUCCAGAUGUGCGAUGUCACCAACCGCAAGAUCCUCGAUCAGCUCAAGAACCGCAAGCCCCAGGUGACAUUCUCCUGUGAGGCCGAGGACCAGACUUGCAACUUCCAGUUCUGGGUGGGCCGCCAGGAGUCAUUCUACUGUGGGUUGGAUACGUGUCAAUGGGGCCUGGAGACUACCCACAAUCAAAACAGGACUCACUACACGUGCGAGAACAUCCACUGCGAAUGCAUCCCUGGGCGCAUGCUCUGUGGCGAAGAAGGAUCUAUUGACAUCGGUGACUUUCUCCGAGAGUCAAUCGCGGGCCCUGCUACGUUCUCGUCGUUGUCGACCGAUGGAGGCAGCCCAGAAGACGGUAGUACGUUUCAGGAGCCGGCGAUGGACGAGUUGAUCAAGGCUGUCUUUGGCGAUAAGAGUAUCACCCUGAACUGCGACGCCGGCGAGUGUCUGUACCGUACCGACGUCCCUGGAUAUACACGCCCGGUCAAGCAGAUCAAUACGCCUCUCAUUGCGGGCGUGAUUGCAGGAUGUGCCCUCUUCGUUGUUGCUGUAAUUCUGGGAGUCUGGUAUCUUUCACGCAGGUCGUAUGGCCGCAUCCAACUGCCGCUCUCGGAUGAUGAAGACGACGAAGGGGCCAAGCUUCUGGCGGACCACAAGCCUGCAGCUCUGUACUGGGAUAACGUCUCGUACUACCUGAACGGCAAGGAAAUUCUCAGUGGCAUCCAAGGUGCUUCCCAGCCCGGUCAAAUCACAGCCAUCAUGGGUGCCUCGGGUGCAGGAAAGACCACCUUCCUUGAUAUCCUCGCUCGCAAGAACAAGAGAGGUGCGGUCCGUGGUGAAUUUUACGUCAAUGGAGAAAAGAUCAGCGACAGCGACUUCAAAAGCAUGAUCGGCUUCGUUGACCAGGAGGACACCAUGCUCCCUACCCUGACUGUGCACGAGACCAUCUUAACCAGUGCCUUACUGCGACUGCCACGCGACAUGAGCCGGGCUUCCAAGGAGCAGCGGGUGUUUGAAGUGGAAAAACAGCUCGGAAUUUACCACAUCAAGGACCAGUUGAUUGGCUCCGAGGAAGGUAAGGGCCGGGGUAUCUCUGGUGGUGAGAAGCGCCGGGUUGGAAUAGCUUGCGAAUUGGUCACAAGCCCGAGCAUCCUCUUCUUGGACGAGCCUACCAGCGGAUUGGACGCAUACAAUGCAUUCAACGUGGUUGAAUGUCUAGUGACCUUAGCGAAAACUUACAACCGUACCGUUGUCUUUACCAUCCACCAGCCCCGCUCCAACAUCGUUGCUCUGUUCGAUCGACUCAUUCUUCUGGCUCAAGGAAGAACCGUCUAUUCGGGCCCAUUCUCGACAUGCCAGCAGUACUUCGACAACUCGGGUUACGCUUGCCCCCCGGGCUUCAAUAUCGCCGACUACCUUGUGGAUCUCACGAUGCAUGCCAGUGUUACUCGCACCCACGGCGACAUAGUUAACUCUCCCUUGUUAGAUGUGCGAGUGGAUCCUCCGAAGACCGCUUCGAGCAGUCUGCGGGCUGUCAAGUCGGUGGCGAGUGCAUCCAACGUGAGCGUCGAGGACAGCAGUAGUACUUUCGAAGCAAACCGGCGGCCGAAGAGCAAACGGCGAGUUUCCAUCAAACAAAAGCAGGACAGACAACUCUACUCCCGGAAGAAGGAUCCCGAUGUCCCAUCCACUCCCAAGACCGAUGAAGAAGAUGUGCAGUUGGAUGAUGUGGCCGACGACACACAGCAAUGGCUGCGCCUUUCUCGUCAGCCAGGCAGCGUUCCCCCUCAGAUUGUCGAUGAUCCCGACGAGCUGCCGCCGAUUGCCCCGGGCCAGACGGACCUUGAUAUUCUGGUUGCCAACUACUCAGUGUCUGAUAUCGCACGCUCCGUCCACGACGAGAUCGUCGCGGCCAUUCAAAAUUCACGCGCGGCCAAUGGAUUUGCCAACGGGGAGAUGCUGUCCGCUCCUAAUGGUGGAUCUGGCAAGGGCUAUGCCCGCGUCGGUCUUGUGCGGCAGUUUGUUAUCCUGUCUCAGCGAACCUGGCGUAAUCUGUAUCGGAACCCGAUGCUCAUGCUCACGCAUUAUGCGAUCUCCAUUCUCCUGGCUGUGCUGUGUGGCUACCUCUUCUACGGCCUGACCGAUGAUAUCAAGGGCUUCCAAAAUCGGCUGGGUCUCUUCUUUUUCAUUCUUGCCCUGUUCGGAUUCAGUACACUAACCAGCCUGACGGUAUUCUCCGGGGAGCGACUCCUGUUUGUCCGGGAGCGUGCCAACGGCUACUACCACCCGAUCACCUACUUCGCGGCCAAGGUUGCGUUUGACAUCGUGCCUCUCCGCCUCCUCCCACCGAUCAUCAUGGGUGUUAUCGUGUAUCCCAUGACCGGUCUUAUCCCAGCCUGGGGCGAGUUCUUCCGGUUCAUCCUAGUGCUGGUUCUCUUCAACCUGGCAGCAGCCAACAUUUGCCUGUUCAUCGGCAUUAUCUUCCGGGAUAGCGGCGUGGCCAACUUGAUUGGCAGUCUGGUGAUGCUGUUUAGUUUACUCUUCGCGGGUCUCCUGCUCAACCACGACGCCAUCCCUCCGUCUGCUCUGUGGUUGCAAACCCUUUCCAUCUUCCACUACGGCUUCGAGGCCCUGAUUGUCAACGAAGUGACAUAUCUGACCUUGAUCGAUCACAAAUACGGCCUGGACAUCGAGGUCCCCGGAGCGUCGAUUCUGAGUGCGUUCGGGUUCGACACGCUGGCCCUGUGGAAGGAUGUCAUUGGGCUGGCCGUCAUCUCGGGAGCCUUCAUCGUGAUUGCCUAUGGCGCAAUGCACAUCCUGCUGGUCGAGAAGCGAUGAUCGCUUGCUAUGCGUACGGGGAUCCAGCUCCGGUUGGAUCGCUUUCACUUUUGUUCCAUUAUACAUUGGUUAAUACCGCUGGGUAAUGUAAUGGGCUACGGACGUUUUGAAACGAUAACUUGGUGAUGAGCAUGCGCAUGAGACAUUUUCUGUUCUGCUUUGAUAUUUUUGUGCUUUCUUUUUUUCCCCUAUUCUUUCAUGGCCAUACUACUUAGCUACCUAGCCAACGACGGGCUACCUGUGUAAAUAGAGAUCAUGAUAGGUCUGAUGGCAUUAGCACUCCACCAGUCGGGGCUUACAGUAGCUGCGCCGAUCGUCGGCCGUCGACACUCCAGUAGAAGCCGCCAGAUGCGGAUGGAAGCACGUGUUUU